UUACAGAGACGAGGUAUUAUUAUUGUCUGGCUGUUUGAAAGGCGGCUCCUCCUCCUAAACGGUUCGACCUGAACCGAAAGUAUGAUGUUUCUUCUCAUGAAGAGCUGCGACCUCCAGCAGGGGAGAAGAAGCUGACUGGAGCUCUCUGCUGCUCAGACUCACCGAGACUCUUUACAUUUGUAAUUGUUGCAACUCAUCACAUUUUUCAGUGACAGUCCGUCAAGAACAGAUGUCUGAGCAGACGCUGCCUCUGCACCCCUCCAGACGUUUCUGAUGAUGUUGAAAAAUCUUUAUUCAAAUCUCAAGCUCUUGUAUAAAGCAACAUGGAGUCUGAAAGAGGACUGAGCGGCAUAUGAACGACCAGAAAGGAGCCAGUGAUGGAGGAUCUGCCAGUGAAAAGUGGAGGAACUGGCGCAACAGGUGGACAAGAGGAAGAUCCUCCUUUUUAGGAUGGUCAAAGACAAUCUGGAUAGAACAGUAGUACAGAGUAGAACACAGAACUGCGCGGCCCAGACACAGAACCAAAGCCAACCCCCCGAAGAACCUUCAGGACCAGAACGAGACCAGAGCCCAGAGAGAGUUGAACCAGAGAGCCAAGAGCCCACAGAGAGUGAGCUAGAUUUACUGCUCUGGGAAAAACUACAUUUACAUGAAGAACCUGAAGCCUGGAGCCAGCCAAUCACUGGAGCUGAUGCUGAGAACUUUCCCACGCACAUCCGUCCAUUCAGCAGCGCAGCAGAGUACAAACUCGUGAAACAAACCUACAAGCAGCUUCAACACAGUGGUUACUACUGGGGAUCAAUGACCAUGGAGGAGGCACAUGCAAUACUCUCACAGGCGCCGCUGGGUACUUUCCUCAUCAGAGACAGCGGCCAGCCGGAUGUUUUCUUCACUCUGAGCUACCAAAGUGACGAUGGCCCGACAAGUGUUCGUGUCCUGCUGAACAACCUGCUCUUCAGUCUGUGCGGCAGCAUCAAAACUUUUGCGUCACUCUUCGCUCUGCUCACUUAUUACACCAGCUCGUCCUGUAAGCUGACAGGGCCGUACCGCAAGCAGCGUCCGGAGCGCCUCAAGCAGAUGUGCAGGAGGGCUCUCGUUGGCUCAUAUGGAGCAGAACAUAUCAGCACAUUACCUGGAAUCAGCACUCAAGUCAAAGACUAUGUUCAUGCGUACCCUUGUUGUAUAUAAACACCUGUGUGGACAGGAGUGUAUAUCAAGAUGUCUUUCUGUGUUAUAAGUUAAAGAAAUAUUCUGUUUUUGUGUAAAAAAUGAAAAAUAACACAAAAACAGCUUGAGUUUCUGAUCUGCAAGUUGUUGAAGGCUUAUUUUGCACACAUUAUCAUUACAUUUUACAGAAUAUUCCUGGUACAUGUUUAAAUGUUAUGAUAAAUAACCACACACACACACACACACACACACCCUGUGUAACUGCUGCACCACUGCCAUCUUGAUAUGUAUCAGUUGUAACAUCUGCUGCUAUUUAAAGCUGCAUUUAUUAAUGUUUUGCCACAAAAGGAGCUCAAAAGAAGCUGAGAUAUCAACAGCUCAUCCUGGGAUUGUUGAAAUAUUAUUUCUGGCCACUAAGGAAUCAGAGUCUAAUAUUUUCUCUUAUUUUACUCUGUUAUGAAUAGAACCCUUGGGCCGCCGUGAUUGCAAUUAUAUUUUUAAUCCUGUUAUCUCGAGAUGGUGAGUUAAUUAUCUCGUUAUCUCAGGACAAAGGAGUUGUUUUCUGGUCAUAGUAGGUUAAUUAUCUCAUUAUCUUGGGAAAACACUGGGUCUGUUUCUCUGGAUAAUUGGACAAAUACCUAAUUUUCAUGAGAAAGUAACAGGUUGUUUUCUUGGAAUAAGUUACUGAUGAAUCCCAAAAUGAAUGAAUCCAGCUAAUCUGCAUGUCUCAUACAGUACUUGGUUAACAAUAUCAACAGGCCUUGUUUGAAUGAAGGUAUCAGAAGAUUUAGUUAAACUAUUCAUCAGAAUUUGAAAUGAGAUAAUGUGUUAUUACUUUCUUUUCUGUCCUAUAGAACAACAGACAAUUGUACAAAAGUUUGACGCUGUGCAAAAUGUUCAUGUUGAAUAAAUUAAAAUCUUAACUUGAAAAACUAUUAUGCAUGUGAACCCAAGGCUGAACUACUGACCAGGCAACUGUCCGUGGAAUAAAAAAUAAAUGUUGACUAUGAUGUAAACACGCCUGCUAAACAUCAUACAUGAUCAUAUUGUCACUCUGUUAGCAUGCUGACAUUAGCAGCUAGUAUGACCGUAAACUCAAAGUCUGUAUAGUAAACUCAUCUUUAUAUAGUAGUGUUUUUUGUAGUUGGCGCAUCAGAAAUCAUUAUACUUUAUUCUUUUAUACAAACAGGAAAUUACACAGUAAGUGACAUCAAUCAAAGUGUGAAUUUAGAAAGUUGCUGCAUUCAAAUUACUCUCACAAAGAGUGGACAAUAUUUAGAUUUUCAAGAUCUUCCUGGAGCUGUGUUUUC